AACAGAGUGGCAGACGAUACAAAGUGCUAUGUUGAACACUAGAUUGUGCUUUAUUUUUUCCGCCCAACUUCACGUUUCCAUGCACCAAAAUGUUGAUGCUAUAAAUAUUGGAUGCCACGCUUACCUGACAGGCUUCUUCCAUCCCACCUGGGCGCGGGGGCUCAGAGCGAGCGCGCGAGCCGCGGCUGGAGCCCGCCUCUCGCGGCUGGAGAGGACUCAGCCGGCCGCGGGUUCUGCUGCUUGCCCGGGUGCCCUAGCCGCUUCCCAGCCAGGGCUCCCGCAGUCAGCCCCGCGCGCGCACGCGCGCUCCCCUCGGGCGGCCUCGACGCCUCAGGGCUUCGGCAGGGCUGCGACUGGCCGGCUCCAGCGGGCGGGGCGGCGAGCGAGUGCUCGCGGCCACGUGACCGACGCCAACAUGGCGGCGCCCAGUGGGGUCCACCUGCUCGUCCGCAGAGGUUCUCAUAGAAUUUUCUCUUCACCACUCAAUCAUAUCUACUUACACAAGCAGUCAAGCAGUCAACAAAGAAGAAAUUUCUUUUUUCGGAGACAAAGAGAUAUUUCACACAGUAUAGUUUUGCCGGCUGCAGUUUCUUCAGCUCAUCCGGUUCCUAAGCACAUAAAGAAGCCAGACUAUGUGACGACAGGCAUUGUACCAGACUGGGGAGACAGCAUAGAAGUUAAGAAUGAAGAUCAGAUUCAAGGGCUUCAUCAGGCUUGUCAGCUGGCCCGCCACGUCCUCCUCUUGGCUGGGAAGAGUUUAAAGGUUGACAUGACAACUGAAGAGAUAGAUGCUCUUGUUCAUCGGGAAAUCAUCAGUCAUAAUGCCUAUCCCUCACCUCUAGGCUAUGGAGGUUUUCCAAAAUCUGUUUGUACCUCUGUAAACAACGUGCUCUGUCAUGGUAUUCCUGACAGUCGACCUCUUCAGGAUGGAGAUAUUAUCAACAUUGAUGUCACAGUCUAUUACAAUGGCUACCAUGGAGACACCUCUGAAACAUUUUUGGUGGGCAAUGUGGACGAAUGUGGUAAAAAGUUAGUGGAGGUUGCCAGGAGGUGUAGAGAUGAAGCAAUUGCAGCUUGCAGAGCAGGGGCUCCCUUCUCUGUAAUUGGAAACACAAUCAGCCACAUAACUCAUCAGAAUGGUUUUCAAGUCUGUCCACAUUUUGUGGGACAUGGAAUAGGAUCUUACUUUCAUGGACAUCCAGAAAUUUGGCAUCAUGCAAAUGACAAUGAUCUACCCAUGGAGGAGGGCAUGGCAUUCACUAUAGAGCCAAUCAUCACGGAGGGAUCCCCUGAAUUUAAAGUCCUGGAGGAUGCAUGGACUGUGGUCUCCCUAGACAAUCAAAGGUCGGCCCAGUUCGAGCACACGGUUCUCAUCACGUCGAGGGGCGCGCAGAUCCUGACCAAACUACCCCAUGAGGCCUGAGGAGCCGCCCGAAGGUCGCGGUGACCAGGUGCCUUUUUAAAUAAAUUGCUGAAAUUUGGCUGGAGAACUUUUAGAAGAAACAGGGAAAUGACCAGUCGUGCGGUAACCUGCGUGGCUCCUGAUAGCGUUUGGAAGAACGCGGGGGAGACUGAAGAGCAACUGGGAACUCGGAUCUGAAGCCCUGCUGGGGUCGCGCGGCUUUGGAAAAACAAAUCCUGGCCCUGGACUCGGUUUCCCAGCGCGGUCAACGCAUCUGGAGGGGACUGGAGGAAACCCCCUGGUUGGAAGAGAUUCCAAGAGAAGCACGGUUUUCUCUUUCCCUUGCCCUGACUGUUGGAGUAAAAAACCUCUUAAAUCCAUUGUGUCAGAGGUCCUUACCUCUCUGACAGUUACAGUGAUCUUUGUAUCUGAGCUUUGCACGUCUGCCGAAAAACCCGAACCUGUUGACUGGGAUUUUUUUAAAUCCGUUUCUCCCUUUUGUGUAUUCCAUAUUGGCCGGCCCCAAGGAUGCUCGCAGAAGCCAGCCCCCAACCCCAGCCCUUCCGUAUCUUUCCCCUCCAUCGCGGCUUUGCGAUGAAAGAUUAGCCCGCGAACAGAGGCAUUGAUUACAAACAUGUCCUUGGCAGUGGACUCUGGGCCUGGCCAUUCUUCAGGUUUCUGUCAAUCCAGAAACGCGACUUUCCUGGACCCCUGCGGCUCUUCCUCCCCCGCCCACAUCCAGCCCUCCAAGGCCAGUCCAGAGGUGAAGUUUGAGGCCCUGCCCCCACCCACCCCACACGCACGCACGCACGCACGCUAGACCGUUUGCUGCACUAGGAAUUCGAGCUUGGGCCCCACUCGCCCAGGUGUGAACAGUGGCUGAUUAGUGGGCGGUCUAGUCUCUAAAAUGACCCCUCCCCAGACUGGCCCUCCUCGCAUCCGGACCCGCGCUUGCACGCUGCAGGAGCCGCAAAGGUCAGCUGUUCUGGAAACCGAGAGGGUCCCAGAGAGAGGAGAUACGGGCGCAUUUGAGGGCAAGGGCCUACUUGGCCGGGACUGAAGCUUGCGAGUUGAGCUCCAGUUCGGCCGGCAGUUCCAUCCCGCUUCAGGAGCAGGAAUCCAAGGGCCCACGCUCUGUCUGCCAAGGGCCAUUCCUGCCCGGAGCACCCUCCUUUCCCUUGCGCUUGCUCUCCGGUACCUGUUCCGCACCUGAGCUCAAGGGCAGGGAGAGGCCGGGCCUCUGGCAGUCCACGAAGGAAGCCGUCUGCCUUCGGUUAUGAUUUUAGGAACAAGUCCAACGAGGGUGUUCAAGCAGUUAAUGGUUGUGCUAACUCUUGUUUCUACUGAAGCGGGUUUUGCAAAGCUGACAUCCCUUAAAGAUAACUUGGGCUUUCGGAAGCGGCAAGGAAAUGGCACCUGUAGUUGCCAGGACAGGUGGUGUCCUCGGCCAGGACUAAGAGCCAGCUCAUCUUUGUAACAUUCAUAAUACGGGAAACUGAGGACCAGGCGGCUCAGAAAAGUGAUGAGUUCCAGCUUUUACCUAACACAGGGUUCUCUCGUCGUCCCCCAACCCCUCCAGCUCGGCUUCUUUGUGUCCAGGGUUGUAGAUUUUUGGAUAGAGGUGUUUCUGAUUCUAGUGAGUCUGAGAACUGGAAAAGACCAAGGAGGGGUUGAUGAUUUACAAGGUCCAUAGAAAAACUUUUUGUGUGGUCGGAAGUUGGCCAAGCAGAGGCCCACAGCCUGAUGCUACUGCCCCCCACCCCCCCAAAGAUCUGAAUUCCCUAAAGAUCAAGAGGGUUCAGCUGGCCUUGGGAGAUGUUUGCUGGAGAAUGACUUCAGUUUUCUCCUAAGGCAAUCAGAUUGCAACCAUUAGCAUUGUAUCUUAUCCGCAAAUCAGUUCACUCCGAGGUUCCCCAAGGAUAGUUUUAUUAGGACCACAGGACUUUACUAACCACUGAGGUAACACGCUGCUUGUGCAGCAAUUAUUUUGAGGUGGAGGUAUUUAUGGGACAAGUUUAUAAUUCCAUUUAUUAAAGGGACUAACCUAAA